AUGGCAGAUAAGAUGUCCAUCGACAACAAAGAUCCCGUCAAGGAGGACACUCCCGAGACCACGGGCUCCAGCCCCGAGGCCGAACAGCUUAAUGCUACCAACGGCAAUGCUAACAACUCCAACGCUGCUCCUGAGAACCAGCAGCCCAAGCGAAAGGGGGGUCGUAAGCCUAUUUAUGCUACGUCUGAGGAGCGUAAGCAGCGCAACCGCCAGGCUCAAGCUGCUUUUCGCGAGCGUCGAACUGAGUACAUCAAGCAGCUCGAGGAAGCUAUUCGCGUCCAUGAAUCCAAUCUACACAACCUCCAGGCUGCUCAUCGGACUGCCGCCGAUGAAUGUCUGAUGUUGCGUUAUAAGAACUCCUUGCUUGAACGUAUCCUCUUAGAGAAGGGCAUCGAUGUUCAAGCUGAGCUUCGUGCCAAAACUGGUAGCCCCAAUUUGGGACCUACUCAUGCUCCGCAGAAUAUGGUCCAGCCUCCGCCUAUUCAGCGCGCAAUCUUGAAUCGACACCACCAGUCUCGACGUUCCAACUCCAGCAUCGCCCCGAAGCUCGAACCUGGCAUCAGCCCCCUGCCUCCGCCAAUACAGGCAGCUCACUCGGCCGCCUCUCCCAAGACCCGUCCGACCCCUUCGUCGCACUCCAAUUCUCCGACGAACACAGCCGCGUACGGCAGCCAGCCGGCGUUGUCGCCGGCUGCUUCUGACCAUGGCCCGAUGCGCACCACCAUGGCUCCUUCCAUGAAGUCUCAGCUUAGUCCUAUGGCUCCGAUGAACCCGGCCGCACGAGCGCACAUGAUGUCCGGCGGCCCUCCCAGAGUUGGCAACCACGGACCAUAUUACCCGACACCUGCGUUCCAAAACCACAUUGAACAACUUGAACAGGAGUAUGAUGCCCCUGCAGACAUGAUUGAAGACUCCGAGAUCGAGACUCCGAGCGGCCCCGGUCCAUAUCCCAGUAACUUCUCUGGUGAUGCGCCACAAAAUAUGUUGGCGUCCCCGACCUCUGUUGGCCCUGGCCAGCACAUGACGAGCCAGGCCGAGUCUGUUCAGCCUGCCCAGACGACCCAGGGUGCAUACCCCUCCAUGACACAGCUCUUGGAUACUGGCAUUGACUGGGAUCCCUUCGGGCUGAGUGCCAGCAUGGCAUUUCCGUCACAAUUCUCUUUCGACACCAGCAACAUGAGAUAA